CUUAGGGCUUGAGCGGGCACGUCUGCCUCCCAUCUCGAUUUUACCUCACCCCCCAGAGUCAACGACAAUCUCCGCCCAUCCCUCUCUCUCCUUCAUUGUCUCAUUCCCAUCAUGGCUGAGCAGCUGGUUCUUCGCGGCACCCUUGAGGGCCACAAUGGCUGGGUUACUUCCCUUGCCACCUCCCUGGAGAACCCCAACAUGCUGCUGUCCGCAUCCCGCGACAAGACCCUGAUCAUCUGGAACCUUACCCGUGAUGAGCAGGCCUACGGUUACCCCAAGCGCAGCCUCGAGGGUCACUCGCACAUCGUCUCUGACUGUGUGAUCUCCUCCGACGGUGCCUACGCUCUGUCCGCCUCGUGGGAUAAGUCUCUCCGUCUCUGGGAGCUCUCCACCGGUAACACUACCCGCACUUUCGUCGGCCACACCAACGAUGUUCUGUCCGUCUCGUUCUCCGCCGACAACCGUCAGAUCGUCUCCGGUUCUCGUGACCGCUCCAUCAAGCUGUGGAACACCCUCGGUGACUGCAAGUUCACCAUCACCGACAAGGGCCACACCGAGUGGGUUUCUUGCGUUCGCUUCAGCCCCAACCCCCAGAACCCCGUCAUUGUCUCCGCUGGCUGGGACAAGCUCGUCAAGGUUUGGGAGCUCGCUUCCUGCCGUCUCCAGACCGACCACAUCGGUCACACCGGAUACAUCAACACCGUCACCAUCUCCCCCGACGGAUCCCUCUGCGCCUCCGGUGGCAAGGACGGUACCACCAUGCUCUGGGACCUUAACGAGUCCAAGCACCUCUACUCCCUCUCCGCUGGCGAUGAGAUCCACGCUCUCGUCUUCUCCCCCAACCGCUACUGGCUGUGCGCUGCCACCAGCAGCUCCAUCACCAUCUUCGACCUCGAGAAGAAGAGCAAGGUUGAUGAGCUCAAGCCUGAGUUCGUUGAGAAGGGCAAGAAGAGCCGUGACCCCGAGUGCAUCAGCUUGGCCUGGUCCGCUGACGGCCAGACCCUGUUCGCCGGUUACACCGACAACAAGAUCCGUGCCUGGGGUGUUAUGUCGCGCGCAUAGAUUUGAGUUGUUGUAUCGGAGCUUGAGGAGCCUCUUUUUGAUCUAUUGACAAGGGAAUUGAAAAAAGUUCAAAAGAUAUGGCCAGAAGAGCAUUGGUUUGGGAUGUAUGAGCCACGAGCAAUGAAGCACUUCUCGCCGGGACUGAGUCGUCCCCGGCCUGGAGGUUUUCUGACAUGUCUUAGCCUACUUGAUCCACAUGGAAAAUGUAUGGAAUCUUGUACAAGACAUGUGAUGUUCUAAUACCAGUUAAGGCAUCAAAAUGUUUCCUAUUUUUCUUAUUGAAAA